CCAUUGAAAAAGUAUGGUGGUUAUGGUUUCACGUACUGGCCGGCAUUUGCAGCGUUAUAACAAGGGUCGUCGCCAAGUUGUUGGGUGUAUACCGUACAGAUAUAAAGAUAUUAUUGACCUAUCUAUGGCGGAUGAAGAUGCGUUUGAAGUUCUUCUCAUAAGUCCUCAGAGAAAAGGAAAAGGAUUGUUGUUUCCAAAGGGAGGUUGGGAAAAGGAUGAAACAAUUGAAGAUGCAGCAAGACGCGAGACAAUAGAGGAAGCUGGUGUUUGCGGUGAUAUUGAGAGGAAAAAUCAGUAACCUCCUCUCCACCUGUUAGAAGAUCAAUAUCAACAGAUAGAGGUGCUCACAUCAGAAGCAGAAUGAAGCCAGAAACACUUGAAAAUCAACUGCCCUUUCCUGCUAGAGUUCCUGUCGUCUGUUACCAAAAGUAAACUUGUCUUGAACACGUAUGUCCGACUUUUUGUCUUGAUUCAUAAUCAAAAUUUAAAGACACGCAAUUCUUGAUCUUUUUGUCUUGAAGCAGAAGUGAGUUGCUCUAGUGGUGAGCAUCCUCCACUUCCAACCAAGAGGUUGUGAGUUCGAAUCACCCCAAAAGCAAGGUAGCUAGUUCUUGGAUGGAGGGAGCCGAGGGUCUAUCGGAAACAGCCUCUCUACCCCAGGGUAGUGUAAGGUCUGCGUACACACUAUCCUCCCCAUACCCCACUAGUGAGAUUAUACUGGGUUAUUGUUGUUGUUUUUUCAUAUCCACCCAUAAACAUAAACAAAAGUAAUUAGCAACAAAUCUCUUGUAUAUGUUUUGAGGACAAUGAACCUGAAUGUUGUCCUUUGUAAAGAAAUUAAUACAGAAUAUUAGCAUUAUAUAUGAUCAUAUCUUGUUCUCAUUUUGCUGAAAUUGGAACCUUGUAUUUCACUUACGUUUUUCACAUGUAUUCAGCCUUAUUUUGGACGACUAUGUGAAGGAAUCCUUAUAAACAACCAAAACUAAAACAGAAAAUAUGCAUCUCACUAAGCAGUAGAAUGAGUUAAACCCUUCCCUAUUGUUAUUAAUAAUAAGAUUAACACUGUUAUUUUACACCAUUGCCAAAUCACAGGCAAUGACCUCAGCUUUGCUGAGUACAAUACAAAUGG